GGGGUGAGGCUUUUCAGCUCAUAGGAAUGGCUUGGGCCCUGAAAAGUGAAAACCCUGCCUGGCCAGUUUCAUAUUAUUCUUGAAUCACGAAGCAUCGAUUCCCUCCAAUUCUGGAAUAUCUGGCUGUUGAGCAAAACGAAAACGAAAUAAAAGGCGAAAUGGCUAAAAAAUACCUGGUUUGCGCUAACUUCGCUAUUCUCUACUAAAUUUAGAGGCCAUUUUUAUCCCUUCGGACCCUUUCUUAUUUUGCUUUUCGAUCGUUAUUUUCAUUCUCUGCAACUUGUAACUCGUAAGUGAUCAUCUAAUAUACUCUUCGCAACCUCAUUUGAGUUGUGGAAGAAUCCAAUUAUUCGUCAAUGGCUAAAAACGAAGAGCUCCCUGUUCCUGUUUUUUCCACUCUCGAGUCGGUCUAUGGAAGUGGUUCUCAGCUUCAAGAAGCUCAGAUUCGAUUCGAGAAAGUAAAAUCCAAGUUUCUCGAGGUUUUUGGUUGCCAGCCUGACGUUUAUGCUCGAUCUCCAGGUCGAGUGAACUUGAUCGGAGAGCAUAUUGAUUACGAAGGAUACUCCGUGUUGCCGAUGGCUAUACGUCAAGAUACGAUCGUAGCUAUCCACAAACACGAUGCUGGAGAGUCUCCAAAGCUUCUUCGAAUCGCAAAUCUGAAUGAUAAGUAUACCAUGUGCACUUACCCCGCCGAUCCGGAUCAGGAUAUUGAUUUGAAGAAUCACAAAUGGGGCCACUAUUUUAUUUGUGGGUACAAAGGAUAUUAUGAAUUUGUUAAAUUGAAAGGCAUAAAUGUCGGUGAACCAGUUGGACUUGAUAUCCUUGUUGAUGGGACAGUUCCUACAGGUUCUGGACUGUCAAGCUCAGCAGCAUUUGUUUGCUCUUCUACUAUUGCUAUAAUGGCUGCCUUUGAUGUGAAUUUCCCAAAGAAAGAAAUUGCCCAACUUACCUGUGACUGUGAACGCCAUAUUGGCACACAAUCUGGUGGUAUGGACCAGGCAAUUUCUGUCAUGGCCAAAUCUGGGUUUGCAGAAUUAAUUGAUUUCAACCCAAUCCGUGCAACUGAUGUGCAACUUCCUGCUGGUGGAUCUUUUGUGAUUGCGCAUUCCUUGGCAGAAUCCCAGAAAGCAGUAACUGCUGCAACAAAUUACAAUAACCGGGUUGUAGAAUGUCGUCUAGCAGCUAUUGUUCUUGGCAUAAAACUUGGAAUGAAACCACAAGAGGCAAUCUCCAAAGUGAAAACUCUUUCUGAUGUUGAGGGAUUAUGUGUGUCUUUUGCCAGUACUCGUGGCUCUUCAGAUGCUGUCCUUGCAGUCAAGGAAUUCUUGAAUGAGGAGCCAUAUACAGCUGAAGAUAUUGAGAAAAUCACGGAGGAAAAUCUUCCUUCAGUCUUGGGCAAUGAUCCAACUUCAUUAAACGUGCUAAGAGCUGCCAAGCACUUCAAGUUAUAUCAGCGAGCCUCACAUGUAUACUCCGAAGCUAAUCGUGUUCAUGCUUUCAAAGACACUGUUUUGUCUAACUUAAGUGAUGAGGACAUGCUAAAAAAGCUUGGUGAUCUCAUGAAUGAAAGCCAUCACAGCUGCAGUGUUCUCUAUGAAUGUAGCUGCCCAGAAUUGGAAGAUUUAGUAAAGGUUUGUCGGGAUCAUGGAGCUCUCGGAGCAAGACUUACAGGAGCAGGAUGGGGUGGUUGUGGUGUAGCAUUGGUGAAGGAGAAUAUUGUCUCACAAUUUAUAACCAACUUAAAGGAAUCCUUUUAUCAGUCAAGGAUCGAAAAGGGGAUAAUCAAUAAAAAUGAUCUUGGCCUCUACCUAUUCGCUUCCAAGCCAUCUGGUGGCGCUGCAAUAAUUAAGUUCUAGUCUCUCUUUCUCUCUCUCCUAAACUCUCUCAGAUUGAAAGAAUCUAACUUUGUGAAAACCUUUGGCGGGCUCAUGGAUUUAAAAAAAUCAGAUCAGAUUGGCCGAUUUGGGCAGAUCCAGACAUGCUCGGGCCAAACCUUGUCCGGAAACUAGGAUUAUGGAGCCGAUCCAAACCCAUUUUCCUAUCUGGUCCUGGUUGAAAUUGGCCGAGACUGAUCUAGAUCCUGAUUCCAUGUUUUUAAACCCAGGGCUAGCUGGAUUCAUUUGCCAUAGACAAUGAUCUGGCUUUUCUUGUUAAUUUAAAUAAAUCAAAUCAGCUCACAUCAUUAUCUUAA